UACUGCAGUCAAGGCUGCAAUUUCUUCCAAGGCCGAUGGAGACCAUGGAGACCAUGGGAACCAUAGGAUUUUGGUAUUUCAUGACAUUCUCUCAGAGUCUGUUUUUUAUGGCUGUGGUACAACUGCUGUUCAUGUUGAGAACAGCAAUAAAUGGCAAAUUGAAAGAACACCAUGGGAUUGAAUCGGAACUGGACAACAGAGUGCUCCAACUCUUUGACGAGAGCUAUGAGGCACGGAUAACCGACCUGAAUUUGAAGAAUAAAAAACUGCAGGACCAACUCCAGAACUCUAUUGAUUCUCAGCGCUGCAUAGAGCAGGAAAAUGAGGGAUUGAAGAGAGAAAACAUGGACAUGAUGGAGAAAAUCAAACUCCUCAAUCAGACUGUUUUUCAAGAGGGAGAAAAAAACAGUAGGCUGAAGGAAAUGGCAUCUAAGAACCAGAGAAAGGUCCCAUCCGCGAGAACUUUCCUGGUGGCAGUCUUCUCAAUGGUCCUAGCCAGAAAUAAAGUGCAAAAAUUGCAGACAGCUAUUGAGUCCUGCCAGAAGCACAACGUCAACUUAAAGAACCAGGUUGAAAGUGUACAUGCCGAAAUGGAGUGCUGUCGGAAAGAGAAGGCCUCACUGAAGGACCAGGUUCAAUAUGCCACAAUACAGAUUGAAGUGGAGAGACGUCAUAUGGCGCCCAAACUGACGGCUCUUCAGCACAAGAUACGAGAACUGGAGAAAGAGCUGGAAGGCAAAGACAACUCCUGCAAGGCUCAGAUGGCAUCACUGGAGCAAAAAGCACACAAGAGACUGGUGAAGGCCUCAGCUCUUCAACGUCAGCUGAAUGACAAGAAGGCAGAGGUCUUCUUUCUACAUCAUAGGCUUAUGGACUUCAUGGACUGGGUGGCUGAGCUGAGGGGAACUAAGUUUGUGCCCCUGCCUCUCUACUCCCACAACCAGAAGCCCUCCCACAAAAGAGUGAGAGACAGCUGGAGGGAUUUGCUGACUAAAAGCAGGCUUCAGUUGAUUCCUGAGGAUCAAGAGGACUCAGAGCUGGACCCCAGAAUGGCCUCAGUCAACCAGGCCAGCGUCUUACUCUGAGGACCCCAAAAUGGCCUAAAUCCACCAGGCCAACUUCUACCUCUGAAGACCCCUGCAGUGUCCCUUUUCUUACCUUGAUCUGCUCAGAGGCUCUACACAACAUACAUAACUUGAUAUUAAACCAUCUUAUUAACCCCAAGAAUGGCCCUGUGUUGCUGUAUAAUGGACCAGCAGUUCUUGUAACUGUUUAAAUGCACUUUACUUUCUUUUCUCUUUGUUUGUUUUUACCAAAGGUGAAACAAGCUGAAGCCCUGAGAUAGAGACAGGAGGAACAGAACAAAGCUUUCAUCCCACCCAAAGAGAAACCUGUAGUGAAGGAGGCCAAGAAAGACACAACAGAAUCUAAAAUUGACAUCCAGGCCUAAAGACAAAGUGA